UAUAUUGUCGGGUUCAAUGCUGUCAGUCGUCGUGGCUGGUUUAUUUACAUCAAAACAGCGAUUCGAGCGUAUUUCUUGGGGCAAAGGGCCAACAUUUGCCGGAUUUCAAACGUGCGGAAAAAGAAACGUAAAUUCUCAACCAUAUUCCACACAAACAAACUGUUUCUGCAAUUAAAUCGGCGUUCAUUUUUACCCAUUGCCGAAGGAUUAUAGAAGCUUGGCUCAUCGGAUCACCUAGUACCUCAUCGAGUCACCGAAAACUUUGAAAGGGCAAAGAUACAUUCCAAGGAUUAAUCGAGUAACGUUUCCGAUACCGAUCAGAAUGGUGUUACCCAACUACACAGACCUGUCGGCAGUCCGGCAAGAGAUACUGGAUAAUAAUUUGCGUGCGAAAGCAAUCAUCAUGGACAUCACCAACUUCCGCGGUACGUUGCUCGAGCUGGAAACACUGAACGAAGCCGGCAGGGAUAAGCUGGCCGCUCUGCGAAGGUGCAUCGACCAGAUGGAUGUGUUGGCAAGGGAUGAAACGGACAGCAAGCUGACCGAGGAGGUAGAAAAGAACCGCGAACAGUAUGCCAAAACACUGCAAGCGUUCCGGAAAGCGAACAUAACGACCAUGCUGGAGAUCGAAAAGUCCAACAAGGAGGAACUGUUUGCGAUGCGCCCGGAAGCGAGCGAGGUGCGACAGCGCAAGCUAGCGAACGCAGCUUCUGGCAGCUCGAAGACGUACCGCAGCUCGUCGUUGCUGCUCCAGCAGGAAAGUGUAACCGAUCGGAUGAUUGCCAUCUCGAAGCAGCUGCACGAUACGACCCAGAAGUCGGCCGCCACACUUGACAUGCUUGUGACGACCAGUGGCACGGUCGAGAGCACCCGGGACGAGCUGCUCAAUACGGCUGGUAAGAUCCAUCAGUCACGCAAACUGCUCCAAAAAUAUAGCCGGCGAGACUGUACGGAUAAAAUACUGGCCAUCUUUGGGUUGCUAAUGUUUCUGGCAAGUGUUUUCUAUGUGCUAUGGAAGCGUUUGUUUUAGGGAAUGUUUGCGGGAGCGGUUACUAUUGAAACCGAGUGGGGUGAUAGCGUAAUGAAGGAGUGGUCUGGUGACCGUUCCUUCGGUAGUGAAUUCAUCCCGGACCGUUCCUUCGUAGUUAGGGUAAAAAAGAGUCGUUUAAGCAUGCAAUACACAAAUAGGAUGAAUUUUAGGAACCAAAAAGCAUUCUACACUGCCAUCCCAUCCCGGAUGUUCUUACGGCUGUUAGCUUGCAUUUUAGUAAACUAUCUGUAAUUAAUAGUCCUAUAGUAAUACGGCUAGGCCGGUCUCGUUGCAACGGGGACUCGGGAUUAGACAGAACGGCCAAACCGUAGACAUCGCCUCAAAGUAGAUUUAAGAUCGUACAGUAAAAGGUGAAGUAAAUGUUUUGUUACAUUAUCCCUUCCGUGGAUGACAAUUGCUAGAACGUCGACUAAACAGUAAAUGUCUUCACAAAUCGACCGUUUGCUAGUAAAAGUUAAAGAAUAAAUUGAUUAAUUGAGAUAAAUUUGCUCUUCUCUUUCGUAAA